CAAAAACUUUAUGUCACUACUUCAAAAGUGGGAUAUUUUGAGAAAACUUUUGUUAGAAUUAAGAAAAAUGUAUUAGAGAAACUUACUUAAUUACCUACGUUAAUUAUUUAAGGUUGUGGAGUGAUUUAAGUGCUUAAAAGUGACCAUGAGUUCAUUACUUUCCGCCGAACUUUCAGCCACUUGCAAUGCUUUGGGAACCUUCAAUAAAAAGACUGGGAAGUAUUUAAUAGACGAUUUUACACUUAACACAGUUAAAGAUCUAAUCAGAUAUUUGAGACGUGAUGGCGAAGACCACGAAAUUCGCAGACACUUCGGACAAACUAAAGUGCUACAAACGGAUUUGUUGCCAAUGUUGAUUGACCAUUGGGAGAAAGAGGAACUUUUCGAUGUAACGCUAAGAUUAAUUGUAAACUUAACAAAUCCAGCCCUCCUACUAUACAGAGAGGAGGUGCCCGUAGAGAGGACGGCUCGGCACAACUAUAUGCAAAUACUCUCACACCUGCAGUCGUACAAGGAGGAGGCUUUCACCAAAGUUGAAACAUGGCAGGUGUUUGCCAAGAAGUUGGCUAAAGUUUUAGAAAUAGACUGGUCAGAAAGGGAUGAAGAUACAGGUCUGAUCAUAGAGAGGAUUCUUAUAUUGAUCAGAAAUGUGUUACAUGUGCCUGCUGACCUUGAUAAAGAGAGACGCCCAGAAAAUGAUGCUAGCAUCCAUGAUCAGGUUUUAUGGGCUUUAAACCAAGCUGGAAUCUUGGACAUAAUCCUAUAUAUGUCAUCUGAAAAUGAGAAGCAAUACUUCAUGCAUAUACUAGAAAUAAUAUCUCACCUGUUAAGAGAACAGAAUCCUACCAGUUUGGCUGAUGCAGCUCUUCAGAGAAGCGUGGAUGAGAAAUUGAGGGAUGAUCAGGAAUUACUUAUGAUUAGGAUGUCAGAGACUAAAGAGAGAUUGAACAAAGUGAAACAAUACUCUGCUACAAGGCAUUCCCGAUUUGGAGGUACAUAUGUUGUGAAGAAUAUGAAGUCCAUAUCAGAGAACGAGCUCAUCAGCCUAAAGCCACUCAACAAGAUAUCCAACUUGGACUUCAACGGCAGCAAGAAGUCCAAGCUGGUGAAACCAAAGAAUAGAAGGCCUGUCGAGAGUGGAUUCAUGGAACGAAGAUCAGCAUUUGCUAUUAGAUUAUUCUUAAAAGAGUUUUGUAUAGAGUUUCUAAACACAUCAUACAACCCGAUGAUGCACUACGUGAAAGAUGUGCUGGUCAGAGCGAAAGCGCAACAAAACGACGAGUCGUACUAUCUGUGGGCUAUGAAAUUCUUUAUGGAAUUCAAUAGGGGACACAAUUUUCAAGUCGGAUUGGUCAGCGAAACAAUGUCAGUGCCAAUGUUCCAUUACGUACAACAGCAGUUGGAAAAAUACUAUGACAUGAUAUCAGUUGAGAAGAAAAAGUUCUCACCUUGGGUACGAAGGUUACACCUAUCGCUUAGAGCCUACAAAGAGUUGCUCCAUACUUUGUUAGCCAUGGACAAGAGUACUGACGAAGGUGUUAAAGAAUCAGCGAAGGUGUUGAAGAGUAAUAUAUUCUAUGUAUUGGAAUAUAGGGAGUUCAUAUUGUCUAUUUUCCUGAAUUACGAUGAAAAUAAAAUGCCCAGAUCGUAUUUAGUGGAUCUGGUAGAAACAGUGCAUCUAUUCUUGAAGAUGUUAGAACAUUUUUGCAAGAAAACGGGCCUCAUGGUGCAGAAGAAGGUACGCAAAAAGGCCAAGGCAAAGUCUAAAAAAUCAAAACCCCGUGUCUCAAAGCCUAAAGAAGCACCGGUGACCGUAUGGGAAGAGGUUCGGCCUCAGCUAGCGGCUGUACUGAGCGCGGGCGUAGACCACUACCCGCCGCCCUUCGACGCGGCCUCCGAUGUACCGAUCGACCAACAAAAAGAGGACUGCAUGAAGAAAAUACAGAAAUUAAUGCGCGAUCACAAAUAUGAAGACGCAGUUGGAACGUUCAGGGCUGCGAGGGAAGUAUGGCCCGAGGAGGGUAUAUUCGGAGUGGCCGGUAUACCAGAAGAUGAGGAAUUGGACAUGCUGGAAACCGUCUAUAACACUGACAUGGGAGUGGAAGUAACAGAAAUCGAUCAAGAGGACUCGCACAAUGAUUCUGAUGACGACGAAGAAGAUGAGGAAGAAGAUGAACCGUCCACAGCCGUCGUGGAGACAGACUUUGACUUUAAAGACUUUGUUUUGAGGUUCUGUCACCCGCGCGUAGUCAGCGCUUGUGUGUGUCUUUUGGAGCGUUACGACAAAAACACAACACACACGAACCACUGCAUCGUGAAAAUGCUGCACAGGAUCGCUUGGGACUGCAACCGGCCGGCAAUGAUGUUCCAAGCCACUCUAUUCCUGAUAUUCCAGAGGAUCCUCCACAACCCAGUACCGCAUUUAAAGGAAUUAGAAAAGUUCGCCGUGUACGUUCUAAGGAAAUUUACCGAAAUAGCGUCGAAGAGCGGCAAAGUUUUCAUCGAACUAUUGUUCUGGAAAAAUUCUAAAGACGCCGUCGAAAUUGAGCACGGCUACGACGUUCACAGCGACCCGAGGGAUAAGCCCGGCAAGGGGGGGUGGAGUGAGGCGCAGGAGGAGGAACUUCGCCAACUGUAUAUGGAGAACCAAAGCAACCCUGAAACGGAUCAGGAUGUAAUAGAUUGGAUGUUGGAGAACAUAAUCGACCAAACCAGAACCCGUCGCAGUGUUAUCAAGAAGCUGAAAGAGCUCGGCCUCAUAUUCAAAGCGCCGACAAAGAAGGUAAACCGUGAGAAAAGGGAACACGUCCCGAAAGACUUCAGCGAGGAAGAAGAUGAAAUGUUAAGAGAACUGUGGCAACAAUUUGGCGAUACAACCGAUCCAAUGGCACUGAUAUUACCCCGAAUGCCUCGUAAGCGAUCUAAGCGCAGUUUCGUAGACAGAAUGCUAGAGCUCGGCGUAGUACAGGACAGGAAACAAUGUCGCAAGAAGAAACAAAGGAAAGCUAAAAGCACCGCCGAUGACGACAAAUCGAACGAAAGUUCUUCAGAGUCUGAAAGUGAGGCGUCACAUUCCGACAGCGACGCCCCGCCGCCCACAAUAAACAUCAAACCGAAGAAAACCAACAAAAAGGACGCUGGGAAAAAACAACAAAUUAAAAAUAAAAAGGGAGCUAAAAGUGUGGAGCUAAGUGCCAAUGAAAUUGCAAAACUGCUGGUGCAAGCUGUCGAUGAGGGUUUCACAGAAGCUUUAAGAUGGCUAGCAGAAAAUCUAGAAGAAGUAGCGUUGGAUCAGGAAGCUGAAGGUUUUGAUCCUACAGCAGAAGGUACUGCACUAGUUCCCAUAUCGAGUGAAUCUAUUGAAGCUAUGGAUAGUGCUUUAUUCCUUGAAGUAUUGAAGAGUAUUGGUAUUGCACCGCCUAGUGAUGAACAGGAAAUCUACUGGAGAAUACCAAGUAACUUACACCAUGAAACCAUUCGUAAAAGACGAGAAAUAAUUUUAAAAGCGAUUAACAAAGAACUCAUCGUUGACAAUUCAAUUACAAAUACAGUCGUUCCAAAAUCCGCAAAUAGUCAAGAGCCAAUAGACAAAGCCGAAUCGAGCGAUGACGAUGAUUUAUUCGAUAAUUUGCGUAAAAUACGAGAUAAUAAUCCGGUUAUAAGUGAUAAUGUGUCAAAUAAAAGUGUAUCGAAUAAUAGAAACACAUCGAAUCGUAAACGAAGUCGAAGUAACGAUCCCGAUGAAGGCAAUAAUCGAAAGAUGCAGAGGAUCGAGGAAGUUAAUGAUGAGGAGGAAGAUAUUUUGUCGUUCGCCAAGAAGACUUUGCAAACUGAUUUGCCUGAUACUGAGGAUAUACUGAGUGGACUCCCGCAUCACAGUGAUGACAGCGAGCGGGAAGACGAGGCGGCUCGCGCGGGGGGGAGACGCAAAAAACUACGAGUAAUUAGCGACGACGAAUCUGAAUGAGCAAUUUAUUAAACAUUUCUUUAAUUA